AUGGCCACCACCCGCCAACAAGCCACCGCGGCCGCCACCCUCGCGCUCCUCCUCCUCUCAGUCUCCGCUGCGCCGUCCUCGUCAUCGCCCGCGCUGCUGACGACGGCGUCGUCGCGCAAGGUGCUGCACUGGAAGCUGGGCUGCCCGUGGGACGCGGUCAAGUUCGGGGCCUGCGUCGGCGUGCUCGGCGCCGCGGGCCUGCAGGCCGGCGCGCAGCUCGGGAGCAAGUGCUGCGACGUCGUGCAGGGGCUCCUGGCGGCCGAGGCGGCCGCCUGCUUCUGCACCACAGUCAAGGAGACCGUGCUCGGCAUCCCCACGGAGUGGGACGUCGGCGUCGGCGUCCUGGCCAGCGCCUGCAAGACGGAGCUGCCCGACGGGUUCAAGUGUGUCUGA